AUGGCAAAUACCCAAAGAGAUUUGAACGGAUGGCAAGUUGUUACUACAGAUGAGCAUGGGAACAUCAUUGGGGAUGAUAGAAGAAGAUCAAGAAAGAGAGGUGGAGCUGAAUUGGCCUUCUUGCAACGGUUGAAUGAUGGUUUGACAUUUGGGCGAGGUGAUAGUGUUAUCAUGAAGGAUCCAGCUACAGGAUCAUAUUCGGUCUAUUUAAUCCAUGAGAUUCGUCUCAACACUUUGAAUAAUAUAGUAGAACUUUGGGCCUUUUCCUACCUGCGAUGGUUCGAAUUGCAGCCGCAAUUUUAUUAUGCAAAGUUCGAACCAGAGCUUGCAGCUGAGAAUAGACCACCUGAGUUUUACAGAGAUAAAUUGGUCAAUGAAAUCGAUAAGGGAGAGAUUUACCUUACCGCUGAGCUCUCUGAAAUAUGGCUUAAAGAUUUUUUGGCCGUUGCUAACAUAAUGGAUGAGGCUAAACGCAAGGAAGUUGGAGAAAAGUUCGAAGAAGACAAGGAUUUCUUAGUAAGAUAUAUCUGUGAGCCUACCGGUGAGAAUUUUGCUCCUUUUAAUAUAGCCAAGGAAAGAAAACUGCUUUUGAACUCAGACCCGAAAGGAUUUGAAGAGCAUCUGAAAAGGUUAUCUGUACCGAAGUCUUUGAACUCGCAACGUAAAUCAUCACAUCGCAGGAAACAUGGCGCCAAUGGCAAAGGUGCACCAAGUUCCAGUGACAUAAAAUUGGAGCCCGACACGGAUAGUGCCAGCGAAGAUUCAGAUGAUGCAUGGGAAGCAAAUGUUUCUAAGGUAGUCAAGCCGUCGAAGAGCCCAGAAGUGGUUUCUUACAAAGAAGAAAGUGAUAGUUCACCUGAUACAUCAUCAUCGCCUUCGUCGGGUGCUUACGACGAUGCUCAGGAAACCUCAGAAUCCAGCCCGGUAUUAGUGAGCAGGGAAUCGAAGGAAAGGGAAGAGAAUGGUAAGAAAAAAGCUCAAGUGGUUCCAGAUGUAAGUUCGACGGAAGAAUCGGCAAACGAUGAAGAAAAGGAACCAGAGUUUGAACCUCACUUGGUAGAACGCCUUUCUUCGGAGCCAUCGUUGACCGAGAGCGACUAUAACAGCUCUUCUGGCGGCGAACAAGACGUACCACUAUCCCAGGUCACAUCUAAGAGACAAAAACCUAAGAAGGAGCAAACUAUCAAGAAGAAGCGUAAGGUUGAAGUCACACCUACGCCCGACUCACGUUCGUCGGUUGCUAGCAAUUCAUUGGCAAGGAAGUUUACUAAGAGAAAUGUUGUCCGUGCAAAGAAGAAAUACACGCCAUUCUCAAAAAGAUUUAAAUCUGUCAAUGAUAUACCCGAUCUUACUGAGCUUGCCGAAUUCAACCAAAUGAACGAUGGUUUGGACGUUGCUGCAUUGGAGAAUAAGUUGAGAACACCAAAAAAGCAUGAAGUUGUAGAGACCAUUUUUUCCAAGAUUAAGAAACAAUUAUAUUCAUCCCAUGAUAGGGAAGAGAUUAUGAAGUCCGAGAGCUUCCAAGACUUUUUACCCGCUCGAGAGAAUGAAUUUGCUUCCAUUUACUUGAGUAUAUACAGUGCAAUCGAGUCAGGUUCGGCAACCACUGUCUAUGUUGCAGGAACACCAGGAGUUGGGAAGACUUUAACUGUGAAGGAAGUCAUUAAGGAACUACAAAGAUCUUCUGAUCAAAAUGAGCUUCCUCUUUUCCAAUUUGUGGAGAUUAACGGCCUGAAGAUGGUGAAGCCUACCGAUAGCUAUGAAUUCUUGUGGAAUAAAAUUAUGGGUGAGAGUUUAACCUGGGGGGCUGCAAUGGAGUCAUUAGAAUUUUAUUUUAACAAAGUCCCAAGAAACAAAAAGAGACCGGUAGUUGUUCUAUUGGAUGAGCUAGAUGCACUGGUAAACAAGACUCAGGAUAUCAUGUACAAUUUUUUCAAUUGGACCACAUAUGAAAAUGCCAAGUUGAUUGUCAUCGCGGUUGCUAAUACAAUGGAUUUACCGGAACGUCAGUUGGGGAACAAAGUCUCUUCGAGAAUUGGGUUUACAAGAAUUAUGUUCACCGGUUACACAUACGAAGAGUUGAAGAAAAUUAUCGAAUUUCGAUUAAAGGGUAUGAACAACUCUUUCUUCUACGAGGAUACCAAGACAGGUAGUGCCUAUAUCAUGGAGGAUGUGCAGGAGGAAGAGUUACCUUCUCAUAUAAAGAAGGUACAACUGCGAAUGACUGAUGAUGCUAUCGAAAUCGCUUCAAGAAAAGUCGCCAGUGUCAGUGGUGAUGCAAGAAGGGCACUGAAAGUAUGCAAAAGAGCCGCCGAGAUCGCCGAACAACAUUACAUGGCCAAACACGGCUAUUCUUACGAUGGACAGCAGACGUCAAAGUCAGAUAUUGAUGAUGCAGAGGACGCGAAUGACCAGGAAGGUGUACAGACGGUUCACAUAUCUCACAUCAUGCGAGCAUUAAACGAAACGACUAACUCUCAAAGCACAAGAUUUAUCUCAAGACUUUCCUUCACAGGUAAGUUGUUCCUAUAUGCACUAUUGAAACUAAUGAAGAAGACGGGCUUGCAAGAGCAGCAGCUAGGUGACAUCAUCGACGAAAUCAGACUCUUGAUUGAAGCAAAUGCCAAGAACAAAUUUGUGGAAGAGAUAAGCCGCGUGCUAUUCCACCAAGGUAGCGACGUCACGCCGGAACAAUUGAGAAUUGUUUCUUGGGACUUUGUCAUCAAUCAAAUGAUAGAAGCUGGUAUUAUCAUCAAGCAAAGUAUGAAAAACGAAAAAAUAUCAUGUGUGAAACUGAACAUCUCUUCGGAAGAUGUCAAGAAAGCUUUAGAACAGGAUGAAAGUUUGAAAGGUCUAUGA